UCCAAGAAUGGAUUUAUAGUCCAGACUAUUCUUUUAUCUCAACCCAAAGGACAACAUGCUGCUCCUCAUCCUCCUACAAGUGCUCUGCACCGGAGUCACGGCAGAAAUGUCCUGCACAGUAAUGCCUGGGAAGCUGAAACAGCUGGAUGCUGGGAAAGGAGAGGUUUUUGGGGUGUCAGAAGAUGACAAGGUUUACUUCUGGCAUUUAAAUCAGUGGACACAGAUUGCAGGGAACGGAUCACAUGUGACUGUGGGACCAGCAGGAAUUUGGGUCGUCAACAAGUUCAACUUAAUUUACAGGCUGCAGAAUUUUGAGUGGAUACGUGUAUCAGGACUCUUCAAGCAAAUAGAUGCUGGGGGUGAUACAUUCCUAGCUGGAGUAAAUACAGAAGAUAAUAUUUACUGCCUGAACCAGGACAAAUUAACGGAAACUGCCGUUACCUUCACACAAAUUGAAGGGAAGCUCAUGUACUACAGUUGUGGUCCCCUCGGCUGCUGGGGUGUUAACAACGUCUAUGAGAUCUAUUACCAGAAAAAUGUGACGCAGACAUCUUGCAAGGGAACAAGGUCUGUUCGAGUGUCAGGAAGUCUUGCCAUGGUGGAGGUGGGAACAGACGGAUCUGUGUUUGGUGUGAACCAAUAUGGCAAAGUUUUCAGGAGAGUGGCUAUCAGCCCCAAGAAUCCUGUGGGAACCAAAUGGGAAGGCCUGGAUCUUUUUGACAGUUUCAAACAUGUCAGCUACGAUGCUGGAUUCCUGUGGAUUAUUGCUGAGAAUGGCCGCGUCAUUAGAUGUCCCUAUCCUGAGUCUAUACUGUCAAGCCUGUUGUAAACCCAGAGAGCUCACAGUAAAGCCUGCUUCAAAUAGUUACACGUAAUGUUAUGCUAGUGUGAUAAUUUGUAUAGCUGAACUGAAAAUCUCAGUAUUUGUUUUGGUGAUGCACCGUCACACAUCCCAUUGCAACCCCAUACCUCCCAACUGUCCUGCUUUUCAUGGCACAGCUCUGAUUCACCACUCCAAUCACACAAUUCUGGAUCAAAUGUCCAUGUUACACUAAAAAAAUUAAAGUGUUUAAAAAAGAA